AUGUUCAACUCCAUGCUCAAAGCAACUCUGUUCGCCGCUCUUCUCUCAACAUGCAGCGGGCUCAAAUGGGGAGAAAUCAAACCUUACAAGGACGCUCAGUGUAAAGAAGAAUUGAAAUUCAGUUUCAAAGAGGACCCUCUGGACAAAGGCCAAAAUUUUAAGCUAGGAAAAGGUGUAGGAGCACCGGAAGUUGGAAACAAAUGGAAGGUAUACAAGGACACAAAGUUUGAAAAUGCAGCAGCGCCCAACGGCGGAGUGGGAAACUGGGUAUAUUGGGAUACUGGACCAAUUCCAAGCAAAUGCAGCGUUGUUUUCAUGCAGCCAUAUGCCGGCAACGUUGCAACUGGAGCCAUGGCAAAAGGCCAAGCACCUGGAAAUGUUGUUCUGACUACUAGUAAUAGUGGAUGUUACUUCACACAGAUACCUGUAAGUCUUCUUAUACUUUUCCUUAAGGUGUCUCGUUGUUUAACAGUAUACUGAUAUCUUAUAAUUCAGGUCGCCUCUACCUUCUACGCAACCUUCUGCUGUGGUACUCAGUGUGAUCACUACAAAGGGGAUGCACCAGACGGCGCUGCGAAGCCUAAGAAACGUUCUGACAUUCCUGUCAUGUCUCAGGAAGAUGCUUCAGCCAUCGCUGCAAAGGUAAGCAAUUCAGCUCCCAGAUACAUCAAUAAACCACGACCAAUUCAAAAAUGAAGGAUACCUUCGUUGAAGCUACCAUCUCAACCAGAAACUCCGGAUCUCUUGCAGCACGCGCAGUUGAAGUAAUGGGAAAGCGUGGGGCAUGUGCCUCUACCGAUAAAGCAUGUGCGGACAAGGUCUGGGCUGGUUGCAAAAUUGAAAAUGGACAAUCACGUCUCACUGCAGGUCUACAAGUCGCAGUAAGCAACAUCCAAAGUGCACAAGCGGGACCUGGAGUCACUGGUAGCUCGAUAUCCUCCAGUCUUUCGUUCACGAUCGGAACCUCGACAUCAGUUUCCACCACCACAUCUUUCUCAUCCACUCAAGGUCUCUCAAUGACAGUCACAGAAGGUGUCACUUUUCCUGUGGAAGCUCAGGUUGCUGUUGCUGCGUCAGUAUCGUUCACUGAAGGUCUGGAUAAAACUACUGGUCAUGAUAGCAGCAAGAGCAAGCAAGUGAGUGUUACUUAUACUAUGGGUAUGGUACCUGGAACCUCUGGUUUCAUGAGCUUUACUCCUUACUAUGAUUGUUACAGUCCAGUAAUUUCUUGUGGAAGUCAGAAGACUUGGGGGGCUAUUGAUGUGUGCUACCCACAUCUUCUUGGAGAUGGAACUCCUAAGGGAGAGUACACGAUUGUAGUCACAUGGUUAUGA